AUGUCCGAGCCCGGGCAGGAGGGUUAUGUCUCUCCAGAGGCGAGGAAGGAGGUCAAUGACUCCAUCACCACUGCGGGGUCGAAGAAUAUCACAAUUGUGAAUGAGACGGGCACGAGUUCUCAGAAGAAGCGACUGGACGCCAAGAAGAAGAAGAAGGAAGAGGAGGCAAAGGGCGGCAGCGGCGGCGGCGGCAGCACCUGA